AUGGCUGCGAUGGCGGAGGUUUCAUGGUACCAGCAGGUCAUGCUCAAGUGCGAAGAGAUGAGAAAGAGGUUGGAAUCAGAGGAUUCAGUGUUGACCGACGUGUCCAAGGACUCGAAGCACUUCACUACCAAGUCGACGGUGGGCAUGAUGCUCAACGGAUGCUCGAUAGAAAGCAUGGUUGUGGGGGGUCCUGCCUUCAACUCGCACAUGCUGGAGCGAGGAGACACCAUCAUCGAGGUUGACGAACGACCAGUCGACGCCAACACCAUCCUUGACGCGCUCGUCGGCAGCGACGUGCCUGGCAGCGUUCAUACCGGCUCCAUCCAAGUCAGCCUGCAGCGCAUGGCGUCAGAGCAGAUCGCUGACCGACGGCACAUGCUGGAACUCUUCACCUUGUGCAAGGAGAAGUGUUCGCAUCUCAAGGACCAGGAGUUCUCUACGAUCAUCGAUGAAUGCAUCUCUCUCUGGACCGACAUGCUUUUGGCGGAGUCUGAGGGAAUGGAAAGAGCGAGUUGUUCUUACCAGAUUCUCAAGUCCGACUGCCUUGUUCUUCUCCAAGAGCUCUCCGACCAUCUUGCAUCUGCUCUUACAAGUUGUCAAAGCGAAUUGUCCUGGAAGCAGAAGAUGAUGGAGAACCUCGAGGAAGCUGCCAGGCAGAAGGAGGUCCAGCAGCGCGCGAAGGAGGAAGAGGCGGAGAGAGAGAGGAGAAAGUUGCAGGAGGAGAACGCAGCGAUGAGUGUGGAGUUGGAGGACUUAAGGAGCACAGCAAAGAAAUAUCAGAGCGCAGUGCAGAACUUUGAGCACAGGGCGAUACAAUCAGUGAUGAAGGAGAGCAAGAUGCUGCAGAACGAGAUCGACAACUUGAGAGACCUGGGAAAGAACUUGAACGAAGAGAUCUCGUUCCUCAAGCGAAGGAAUGAGGAGCUCGAGUACGAGAACAAGGGGCUGCACAUCGAAGUUCGCCGGCACAAAACUGAGCUGGAGGCGUCAAAAUCUCAGUACGUGGACUUGCAUGAGAAGAUCUGCUUCGCUCUCGAGCCCAUCUACAGCCAAUGCUGCCCUGACGCUUCGCCUGAGAGGAAACCAAACCUCGAGGAGAUGAUCGUCGGGCUCCAGCAGGCAGUGCCAGCGUUGAGGCGGGCCUGCGAUGAGCUGAGAAAUGACGUGAGCCCGAGAACGCGCAGAAGCGAAGAGAACGUCACAGAAAGGUUGGUGCCAUGCCAGCUAGCUCUGGUGCUUGUGCUUGUGCUUGAGCUCCUGCUGGUGCUUGGGCUUGGGCUUGGGCUUGGGCUUGUGCUUGGGCUUGGGCUUGUGCUUGUGCUUGGGCUUGGGCUUGUGCUUGGGCUUGGGCUUGUGCUUGGGCUUUUGCUUGUGCUUGUGCUUGUGCUUGUGCUUGUGCUUGGGCUUGUGCUUGGGCUUGUGCUGGCUUUGUCUUAUUGUCUUGACAUGCUCUUCAGGUUGCAGGCUUGUUGCCAUCAGCGAGGACUGGCUUCCCUCGAGCAUCUCUGCCUCUUCCUCGAGCAGUCUCACGACGCCUCCUCUUCUCACAACCACCAGCGAGAAGCUCCUGCUGCCGUGGGUCAAGCGGGAGGGGGAGGUGAGAGCGACAGAAAGAAGCUGGAGGAGCGGCAGGCGAAGUUGGAGCAGGAGAAUUGGGAGCUGAGAGAAGAAGUUCGUGAGCUGCAGGGCUACAUCAAGGCCAUGCAGGAGAGCCCCGUGAAGAAACAAGGACCAGCUCUGGGAUUGGCAUGA